UCACUGCAUCCUGAGAAAACAACAGAAAACAGUCCCUGCAUUCAAGCAGAGAGGCAUCGAGGAUGGGAGCGCCACACAACGGAUCCAACGAGACGUCCAACUUCAGCAGCCAGUUCGUGCAGCCGCCGUGGCGCGUCGCGCUCUGGUCGCUCGCCUACAGCUGCGUGCUGGCCGUGGCCGUGUUCGGAAACCUGGUCGUCAUGUGGAUCAUUCUCGCCCACAAACGCAUGCGGACGGUCACCAAUUACUUCUUGCUCAACCUGGCGUUUUCAGACGCGUCGAUGGCCGCGUUCAACACUUUGAUAAACUUUGUCUACGCUGCCCACGGGGAGUGGUACUUCGGGAAAACGUACUGCAAAUUCCACAACUUCUUCCCGGUCACAUCUGUGUUCGCGAGCAUCUACUCCAUGACUGCAAUAGCCGUGGACAGAUACAUGGCCAUCAUUCACCCACUGAAGCCUCGCCUGUCGGCUAAGGCCACCACAGGAGCCAUCGUCUGUAUCUGGAGCCUGGCUGUGGUCCUGGCUUUCCCUCUCUGCUACUUCUCCACCACCCGGCUUCUGCGUAAAAGGACCAUCUGUUAUGUAGCCUGGCCACGCAUGGAAGACGACCCCUUUAUGUAUCAUAUCAUAGUUACAGCUCUGGUCUACGUGCUGCCCCUGGUAGUGAUGGGCAUCACUUACACCAUCGUGGGUCUGACGCUGUGGGGCGGAGAGAUUCCUGGUGACUCCUCUGAUAACUAUCACGGACAGCUCCAGGCUAAAAGGAAGGUGGUAAAGAUGAUGAUCAUUGUGGUGGUGACGUUCGCCCUGUGCUGGCUGCCGUACCAUGUCUACUUCAUCGUGGUGGGUCUCAACAAGGAUCUGAGCAGGUGGAAGUACAUCCAGCAGGUUUACCUGUCCGUGCUGUGGCUGGCCAUGAGCUCCACCAUGUACAACCCCAUCAUCUACUGCUGCCUCAACAGCAGGUUUCGAGCGGGCUUCAAGCGGGCGUUUCGCUGGUGCCCGUUCAUCAAAGUGUCCAGCUACGACGAGCUGGAGUUACGCUCCACCAGGAUGCACGCGAGCACACGCCAGAGCAGCAUGUACACGCUGACGCGGAUGGACACCACCAUGAUGCUGGUUUACGAUCCCGCUGACGGCGCUGCGCGGAAGCACUCCCUGUCCUCCAGGAAGAGAAGCUACAACACCUCCCGGCAGACAGAGAUCCCUAGCGCCAACGACAGCAGCGUGAAACUGCAAAACGGAGUUGCACCGCAUGCUCAACCUGAGGAAUUCUCUUGAAAACCACAUUUAUACUGCAAAAAACAUUCGAUAUUUAUGCACAUUUAUCAACAUUGAUAGCGGCUUUCACAUGCUCACCAUUGUUGCAUAGCUUAAACACAGAAGUAUGGAAGUUAUUAUAUAUCUGGCUAUCUCAGAAAUGAUUAUUCAGAUACAGAAAUGUUCCUACAGAUACAGAAAUAGCUCUGCUAAGAACUGUUUUGGAAUCCAUAAAUAUAAAAACCUACGUCAGCAUUCACAACAAAGAUAAUCUGAAACAGGAAACACUGUAAUUAUGUAAGUAUAUCAGAUUUACAUCUCCAUUUGUGAGAAUCUGAGCUGUAGCUCUGCAACUGCAGACGAAGGACUAGUCUCCAUCGCCCUGCGGCGCUGAAAAGGCAGCUGGAGAAUCAUCAAUGGAAACGCUGCUGAUUGAACUUUGUCUGGUACCAUAUGUGGAGUUUGACUUUCAGUUACGUAAUAUACACAGAACUGUUCCAGGGCGAGGCGUCAAGCCAGAGGUGAAGUCCUGCAGCAUGUCAAUAAAUAGGGCUGCACUGUGAGCUCACUGAAAGCAAAC